GGUAACUGUAGCUUGCAGAAUCACAUAUUUACUUAUCCCAUCCUAUGUUCCACAAUUUCUUCUUAUAAUCAGUUUUUCUCCACAUCAUCUCUUUUGUCUCCUUUUAUUCACCAAUAACUCUUGCUAAAUUAUUUCCUAACUUAACCCGAAUAUUCUCAAGUGUUUUUCCUAUCUUGUUGUUCUAUAUAAAGCAAUACCACAAUUCUUACUAUUACACUGUGAAAAUCUCUUUGUCCUGAGUUUAUGUUGUUGAUCCCAAUGAGCUCCUUACUGAAAUUUCUUGCCUUUGUGGCAUUACUUUUAGUGUUUGUAAUAACAACAGAAUCAGCUCCUGAAUCUGCUCUUAUCACCAAACUUCCUGGUUUCAGUGGCACUUUUCCUUCAAAACACUACUCUGGGUACAUCACAAUUGAUAAGGAGCAUGGGAAGAAUCUGUGGUAUUACUUUGUUGAAUCAGAGAUGAAUCCUUUGAAAGAUCCGGUUGUACUCUGGCUCAAUGGUGGUCCAGGCUGCUCAAGCAUGGAUGGAUUUGUGUACGAGCAUGGUCCUUUCAAUUUCGAACCAGCAAAGACAAAUUAUAGUCUCCCACUCCUGCAUCUUAAUCCUUACAGUUGGUCAAAGGUGUCUAACAUGAUAUACCUUGAUUCACCUGUUGGUGUGGGUUUCUCUUACUCAAAGAACGAAUCUGACUACAUAACCGGUGAUAUGAAAACCGCGGUUGACUCUCACGCGUUUCUUCUCAAGUGGUUCGAGAUGUUUUCCGAGUUUCAGUCGAAUCCGUUUUACAUCUCUGGAGAAUCUUAUGCUGGAGUUUACGUCCCAACUCUGGCUUCAGAAGUUGUCAAAGGGAACAAAGAAGGGUUAAAGCCGGCUCUUAAUUUAAAGGGAUAUUUGGUUGGAAAUGGAGUUGCAGAUUCCAUGUAUGACGGAAACGCUCUUGUCCCGUUUGCACACGGGAUGGGACUAAUCUCUGAUCAGCUCUUUGAGAACGUUACAAAAGUUUGCAAUGGAAAUUUCUAUGACAAUUUUAGCCCUGAUUGCGAAGAACAGAUGGCUAAAGUUUCAAUGGAUAUUGACAGGUUGAACAUAUACAACAUUCUUGAGCCAUGUUACCAUGGAACAUCGCUAUCCGCAUUUGACAUAAAAUCGCUGCCUUCAAGUCUUCUACAGGCAGGCAAAACCGAGAAACCUUUGGCUGUAAGAAAAAGAAUGUUUGGUCGAGCGUGGCCUGUUCGUGCGCCUAUUCUUCCAGGAAUUGUUCCUAGCUGGUCUCAACUCCUUGCUGACGUCUCUGUUCCUUGCAUCGAUGAUAGAAUUGCAACAGCUUGGCUAAACGAUCCAGCGACCAGGAAAGCUAUUCAUGCUAAAGAGGAGAGCGAGAUAGGAAGAUGGGCACUCUGCACAAGUAAGCUAUCGUUCCAUCACGAUGCAGGGAGUAUGAUCAGUUUCCAUAGAAACCUCACUCUAAGUGGAUAUAGAGCACUCAUUUACAGCGGUGAUCUCGAUCUGUGUGUUCCAUUUACUGGCUCUGAAGCUUGGACACGCUCUCUUGGAUACAAGGUGAUUGAUGAAUGGAGGGCAUGGAUAUCAAAUGACCAAGUCGCGGGUUCAUGCAUAUUUUCUUGCAGGUAUACCCAGAGAUAUGCAAACGAUCUCACAUUUUUAACCAUCAAGGGUGCAGGACAUACAGUUCCUGAGUACAAACCGCGAGAGGCGUUGGAUUUCUAUAGCCGAUUUCUAGCAGGAAGCAAGAUUUAAGAGAGCUGUCUAUUCAAAAAAAAAGUACAGGGCAUCAUAUCAUCAUGUAUUGACUCGUUUGAAUAAAAAAAAAGCAUUUGCUAUAUUGAGCUUUUGAAUGGUUGAUUCUUCAUUGUUUCAUGAUAUAACACCAUGCAUACCUCUAUUAGAGUAGUAGUUAUACUGUA